AACCGCUAACUUCGCCUGACUUGAUGUAGAAGUUAGCUUCACGCUGCAAAGGGAAAGUUGCUGAUUCCUUUUCACUUUUUGUCAGCGGUCCUGUUUGCUCGGCUUAUUUAAUUUCUCAGCGGUUCGCCCCACGAUGUCUGGACACGGUCACGGCCACGGACAUGGCUGUUCGUGCGAGAGUGAGCACGAGCCUACGGAGAGGGGCCUGGAGUACGGACUCUACCGGCGGAUCGACCUGGAGAAGCUGCAGUGUCUGAACGAGAGCAGAGACGGAGACGGAAAGCUGGUGUUCAAACCGUGGGACCAGCGGAACGACAGAGAGAAGUUUGUAGAGAGUGAUGCAGAUGAAGAGCUGCUGUUCAACAUCCCUUUUACCGGCAGCGUGAAGCUGAAGGGCAUCAUCAUCUCCGGAGAAGAUGACGACUCCCAUCCAGCUGAGAUACGACUCUACAAGAACAUCCCUCAGAUGUCGUUUGACGACACCGGCAGAGAACCCGAACAGGCCUUCAGACUCAACAGAGACCCUCUCGCUGCACUGGAGUACCCAACGAAGAUCGCUCGUUUUUCCAGCGUUCAUCACCUCUCCAUCCACAUUUCCAAGAACUUCGGAGCAGAGAACACCCGGGUGUACUACAUCGGUCUAAGAGGAGAGUACUCCGAGGCUCACAGACAUGAAGUGACUAUCUGUAACUACGAGGCAGCAGCAAAUCCUGCAGAUCACAAAGUCGAGAGCAUCAUCCCACAAACCAACAUAAUUUCCUGAGAGCUUCAGGGAUCUGGGAAGAGGAUGAGGAGGGGGAGGAAGAGAAGAGAUUUCAAUGGCGUCUGCUGACUGUCAGAAAGUUAAAGAUGAGUUCACCGCUGCGUGCAGGCGGCAAAGUUGAGCUCGGCUGGGAAUGAGCGCUGAAAUCUGUCGAGCUAAGGGCUUUAUGUUCGUCUCCAGGAGCACAGCUGUCUCUCUGUUUCCAUGGCAAUAAAGUGUGAAGGCUUAAUGUGAGCAAAAUAUUUAACAACCAAUGCAUGACAUGUUUGAAACCGAGGUGAGGUCUGCUGUUAAAUAAAACACUGAAGGCUGAAAAGAUGUGUUGUGUUUUUAGCUCAUUCGAGGCCGUGGUUGCCGUGUCAACACUCCAGAUGAAUUAAAGCACAUUAAAUUUACAGGUUUAAACACAUGAUUGAACUUAAUUUGUUUGAUUUGGUGCUCAAACUCACGACGAUCUGAAGCUAUUUUCAGUGUUUAAAUAAAUAAAAUGAUAAUCUAAGGAAACAUUCCUGUUGGUCCCGCGGUGGACUGGCGACCUGUCCAGGUGUACCUGCCUCUCACCUGCUAAUGGCUGGGAUAGACUCCAGCAUUCCUGUAACCCUUAAAUGGAC